CUCUCUCUUAUUUCAUUCAUUCUCCACCGGAGAAAACGUUUUCCCGAGCUUUCCCAGAUAUUCGCGGAAUCCAAACACAAUUCCAAAACCAGUCCAUCAUGAAGAAGCCUGGGAUUUUCACUGCCUCCGUCGCCGUCGCCUCCUCUGCUACCGCCCUCACUGUUGCCUCUUCCUCUGUGCAAUUUUCCCUUCAGGAGGAUGCAAUUUUGAAGAGAGAGAGAGAAAAUUCGAGUUCUUCGUCGGAAAGGACGCCGUCGACGGAUAAAUUUGCGCCGAGGUUUGACGGUUUAAGAUUCAUUGAAACGCUUGUUACUGCUCACAGAUGAGCCCUGGUCUCCGUGACUUAGUCCGGGCCUAACCUUCUUCUUCUAAAUUUAUAGUAUUUAGAUUUUUCUCUUUGAUCGACUUUAUAUCAGAGAGAUGAAACUAAAGAAAAUUUUCUUCUAAUUUCAGUUAGAGACAGGCGAAGAAUUGUAAUGUUUGAGGGGUUUCACUUGGGAUGGAUUGUGCUUUAUUUUCUCUCUUUUCCUUUUAUGUUUCUCUGGUUUUAUUGACAAGUCCCUUGUAUAACUGCUUUUGGAUCUUUGAAUUGAAUUUUAUUUUCCUUUCGAACUGUCAGAAGA